UUAGCUUCUCUUGAAUGUUCUCUGUAUCUCACCUAUAAAUUUAACUCUUUGUUUCUUUCGUUGUUACUUCACUCGUGGGAAUACACUAGGUAUGUUGUUGUUUCUUUCGCUAUGUUGUAAUUUCCUUGUGUCAUAGUAACGCCCAGCUACUCCAAAUGGGUAUCCUUGAAUACUCACUUACUCUUGUCAUUAUAUAUAUAGUACUGAUCUUGUAUUUAACUUAUUCUAUACUAUUAAUCUAUCUUAGAGGUAUUACAUGGUCCAAAAAACCAGUCACACCAACAAAUUGGCCUCUCAUAGGAAUGUUACCAGGGCUUCUUCGGAAUACUCAUCGUCUCCAUGAAUUUGUUACAGAGAUCCUUAUCGAAAGUGAAGGAAUUUUUGAGUUCAAAGGGCCUGUUUUCUCCAACUUAAACAUGUUGUUCAGCAGCGAUCCGGUUAACCUCCACCAUAUGCUAAGUAAAAACUUCAACAACUAUCCUAAAGGUUCCGAAUAUAAGAAAAUGUUUGACAUUAUGGGAGAUGGAAUUUUCAAUGUGGAUAACGAAUUAUGGGAAGUUCAGAGGAAGAUCACUAUUUCCAUAAUGAGCCAUCCCAAGUUCCUUAGUUGCCUAGAGAGGAAUGUGUGGGACAAGGUUGUAAAAGGACUGCAACCAGUUCUUGACAAUUUCGCUAAACAAGGAUCCUGUUUUGAUUUGCAAGAUAUUUUUCAGAGAUUCACUUUUGACACUAUCAGCAAAUUGUUACUUGACCAUGAUCCAGGUAGCUUGUCCAUUGAUUUACCUACUGAUUCUCUAUUUAAAAAUGCAUUCCAGGACGCCGGGGAUGCCAUUCUGUACAGACAUAUAAUGCCUGAAAGCUGUUGGAAAUUGCAAAAAUGGCUCCGCGUUGGUAAAGAGAAAAAGCUAAGUCAAGCUUGGAAGGCUUUUGAUCAGCUCAUAUAUUCUUGUAUUUCAAGAAAGCAAGAAGAGAUGCUAAGAAGAUCAGGUUUUAUCGAAGAAGAAGAUGAGGAUUUCGACUUCCUGACUGCCUGUAUGAAAGCAUACAACAGUCUUUUUAUGAAGAAUAUUGUUGAUACAGAUUUGGAAAAUAAUAAUGCAAAACAAUUUCUCAGGGAUACUUGCAUGAAUUUGAUGUUUGCUGGGAAAGACACCACAAGUUCAGCUCUCACUUGGUUUUUCUGGCUCCUUGCUAAAAAUCCCUCGGUACAAACAACAAUCAGGGAUGAGAUUCAAGAAAUAUUGCAGCUCAAAGAAGAUGAAAAUCUUAGGUUUUUCAACGUACAAGAAUCGCGUGAACUGGUUUAUCUACAUGGUGCAUUGUGUGAAUCUCUUAGGUUGUUCCCACCAAUUCCUUUGGAGCACAAAAUUGCAACUGAAACUGACAUCCUUCCUAGUGGUCAUCAUCUGUGUCCUGGCAAAAGAGUGAUACUAUCAUUUUAUACAAUGGGAAGGAUGGAAACACUAUGGGGAAAUGAUUGCUUGGAUUUCAAGCCUGAGAGGUGGAUUUCUGGUGGCCGAGGAAAGAUCAAACACGAGCCAUCGUUCAAAUUUCCAGUGUUUAAUGCUGGUCCAAGGACUUGUUUAGGAAAGGACAUCUCAUUUUUUCAGAUGAAAAUGGUUGCAGCUACCAUUAUAUUCAACUACCAAGUCCAACUAGUGGAAGGUCAACAUCUCGAUUUUCCAAGUGCUUCUAUUCUCCUUCAACUUAAAAUGAAACAUGGUUUGAAGGUCAGGCUCAUUCAAAGAAGCAGCCUGUGAUUAAUCAAUAUCUCCCUAUGGUGUAGUGUGUGUGUAUAUAUCCUACUCAGGUACUAUUGUAUUGUAUUGUAUGUACUGUAUUGUACUAUAUUGUA